GUUAGAAAUAGUCAAUGCUUGUUCGUGACGGCAUGUGACGAAUAUUUCCGUAUAAUACCACUUUUAAAUAUACAUUAUACGCUGAUGGAAGCACUACUGCCAUUGACCGCUGCCACCAUGAAAGUAAACUUUAAGGAUAAGUGUGCCCGGUGUGGGGCUUGAACCCAUGACAUCCAGAACACUAGCAAGACAUUCUUGCAAACUGAGCUAACCAGGCGGCUGGUUCUUACCAACACACAACAGAGCCAAAACACUUGUGUGGCUUCUAGCACAGCCCUUGAGCGAUUGAGGUAAAACUGGUGGCAUCUCCAGGUGUGUGACCAGUGACCGACAACCAGCCUGUGGCAUUGCAGUGUGUGUGAUGGCUUAGCAGCUCUAGGGACUCUGGACUAAGAAGAGUAUCAUUUUAUUAAUAAUCAGUUAUAUGUUAAUGAUGCUCCAUGAAGAAUUUGUGAAGCAUAAAGUCACUGCUUCAUCCAUUUUUAUUGUUUCACUUGUCUGGGCUAUUUCUGAGCAUCAUUGGAUUGAAUGGUCAAAGUGUCAUUAGCUACAGGAGAUGUUUGUACAUGCAUCGUCAGCAUUUUAAGUCCAGAUUGGCUCUAGUUUUCUUACUUAUAGAUUAUAAACGACCAUGUUGCAAAGCUGAAAAUCAUCUCGCAAGGUUUUUGUGAAGAUUCCGUUGUUCACGAAGCAACAAAGUUUGAUUUUGUGACUUCCUGCAGUUAUAAUAUUCAUGGAGUGCCAAACUUAUAUUGAAAAUCAUCAUGGCAUCAGCUGUGCUCGUCUGAAAAUUGGUUUUCUCAAUUACGAUUUCGGAUAUGAUAUAUUAAAGUAUAUAUUUCAUUAUUCUCUAUUUUCACUUCUGAAAUGAAAUUUAAGGUUAUCGGAGAAUUUAAAGAAGACAGUUGCUAAAAAUGUUUAUAAACUACGACAUGUUUAAUAUUCGUGGAGCAAGUCACCCUUUGACUCUGUAUUAUCAAAAUUGAUUUAUACAAACUGCUAGUCUGUAAAGUAUUUUAUUAUUUAGAUUGUAAGCACAAUCAUUAAACUUUUGGCACAAAUAAGCGAAUGUUGCGAGGAAAUCGGUAACUUAGCAUUGGUACUUUCACACAACAUAAAUAAUUAGGUUAUAAAUUAAAUCUUAUUAUUUGAUACGGUUGUAGCGUUUUUAUGGGCGUAACGUCAAAGUUCUCAAAAGCAAGUCACACAUUGACCCUGUAUUGUCCAAAAUAAUUGAUACAAAAAGGAUGGUGUGUAAAAUGUUUAAUCAUGUAGAUUGGAACCAUACUAAUUAAAAAGUUAGCAACAAUAACAUAUUCUUUGCAAGUUGAUCGGAAACUUAGGAUAUAUAUUCAGGAUAUGAUUUAAAUCUGAUUGUUUAACACGGGUGCAUUGUCUCAACAUAGAGGAACAGAGUGGCAAGGCAUGGAGGAGAGCAGGUUGGUCAUCGUGCGGGUCCGUCCCAAGCGUAAGCUGGAGGUCAUCAAUUUGAAAGGAAAGCUGAUCCGUUCCAUAAACUUCAUCUGAAGCAUGUCCACUGUUUGUUAAGUGAUAACAAGAAACGUAAUGUUGUCAUGAUCCGCAUACCCAAGGAAUAUGACUUUGUCAUCCAAAUGACAAAUGAGAGCCAGCGUCGAGAGUUUAUACAGUCCCUGAAACAGGCCGUUACUGAUCAUGAAGAUGUUGUGGACUGCCAUGAAACAAAGGAAAAACACAUCUACAUGCAGGCGUUUACACAGAAGAAACGAAAUCCGCUGCUAGAGAGGUUCUUCAAGAUUGUGUUUUCUGAGGAUGGUGAUGUAUGGACUAAAGAAUCUUGAAAAUGCUUCACAACUAGCUACAGAUGUUGCCCUAAGGCAGACUCCAAGUGUGGCCCCUCAAUACGCUGAUGUAGACCAGCUAAUGCAGUCAUCGAGACAAAUCCUUCAUGUUCCAAAUCAACAGCAAGAAGAAGCCCUUAAGCACGCCCUUGCCCAGCCCCUGUGUGUGAUUCAGGGAUGCGUGGGCUCCGGGAAAUCCAUGAUGGCCGCCAAACUGGGCUACAUGUUUGCCCAAAGAAAUCAGGCUCUCCAGGCCAGGGGCAGGCUUCAAGUGCUGGUGUGUGCCCCUACCGAGGCUGGGGUUGAUUUGGUUAAUGGUUACUUCAUGUCUCUGAACAGCAGCUCUCCGCGUGUUGUGCGGGUUUACAGCCCCGAUGUGGAGAGGGUCCUCCAUCCCCCCCCAAGGGUUGUAUCCCGAUCUACAAGUACAUUUGCUGACCAGGAAAUCAGUCAAAUCAAGAACCACUACUCUUCCCUGUCUCUGUAUGAACUCAUUAGGGGAAGUAAUUCUCCCUACUGCAAAAGGCUUAAAGAGUAUGAAGGUCUGUUCUCACUGUACCCAGACGACAUUGCAGAUGACCAAUUUGAGGAUUAUAUACAGCUUGUUUCCCGUGCAGAGUCUGCAGUACUGGCCGAGGCUGAGAUUAUACUGUGUACAUGCACAACUUCCGCUCAGCUGAAAAUCUCGUCCGUUGCUAAUGUACAACAGAUAAUUGUCGAUGACACAAACACUGGUACAGAACCAGAAGUACUGGUCCCCCUCUCGAUUUACGGGGACGUAAAGCAGGUCACUCUGAUAGGCGAUAUAAACCAGGCCGGUCCCACUGUUGUGAACGACGUGGCUAGACAAUUGGGACUGGGCCAGUCCAUAAUGAGAUCUUACCUGUCAACGGCUGUGUACCUAAACAUACAGUACAGAGUGCAUGAAGGUAUCGUAGACUUCCCGUCCCGCUUCUGUUACGACAAUCGCCUCCUGUGUGGGUCAAUCGCCCAGCGUCAACCGUCCGUGCUAAACUGGCCAGGGGGUCGUAAUAAGCCUGUGGCAUUCUGUCAACUAGAUAGACAGGAGCAAAACCUACCAAUGAAUGUUGUCGGUGCCCCUGCGGAACAAAAAUGUGUUAACUUGGAACAGGCUGACUUUGUGGUUCAGGUGGCAGUUUCCCUGGUGAGGACGUACAAUGUUGCCAUGACUAGUGUUGGUAUUGUUUGUCCGAGCCGCGCUCAGUGUAAGGUGGUGAAGGAUAAGUUAGCAGUGACCGGGUGUAACAUACCGUGCUUUACCCUGCAUGAAAUACAAGGUCUGGAGUUUGACUAUGUGCUGUUCAGUACCAUACACAGCCUGCCUGCUAUGAACAUAGAGCAGUUCCCGACACAGAAAUGGCUGAAUGAGAAGCUUGGGGUCCUUACUGACCAUGGACAGGUCAUUUCAACAUUGUCCAGGGCUAGGAAAGGGCUUGUCAUUGUUGGCAACGAGAAUUUGCUAAGAUGUGACAAGUUGUGGAAUCGACUCCUGACAGAAUACAGUCAUAGUAGCAGACUGGUUACCGCUGGUCAAUUUCUCAAGGCUAUGUCCAUGUAAUUAAGGGGCAUAACUGGGAUAUGAAAUAAGAACAAAAACGGAGUUAUCUUCUCAUAUAGGACUGUAUAUACAUUUUGGCAUGUUUCCGGAAAUUAUGAUCAUUAUGGUGUAUACGUUUGAGGCUAUAUAAUAUAUAUUGCUAUUUAAAGUUUGUCUGAUCUUAUUUGGUGAGGGAUUUAUUUCUGGAAAUAACAAUUGUAAUGGUGUUGACGUUUGAGGCUAUAUAAUAUAUAUUUCUAUGUUAUGUUUAUUUGUGCUUAUUUGGUGAGGGAUUUAUUAUAAAACAUAUGUAAUUUUAUUAUAUUUAUACCUUUGUUUAAAAUUUAAAUGUAACUUAGAUGUAAUGUUUUCUGAAUUCCAAACAAGAUGUAUAUUUGCAAUUUUAUAAUUAAUAACAUUGAUAAAAUAUGUGUACCCAUACUAAUUUGAUUUAGCUGGUCAUACAAACUGACUAGAUAUGUUUACCAGUACUAAUUUGAUUUUAGCUGGUCAUACAAACUGACUAGAUAUGUGUACCAGUACUAAUUUGAUUUUAGCUGGUCAUACAAACUGCAAUGAAUUGUUUAGAUUAUUUUUGUUCAUUUGCUUACAGUGAAAUUGUAAUAACGAGUCUCACCCACAUGUAUCUAGACUGAUAAAAAUAAUACAUGAAUGUUUGGCUUUGUCAGUUACUCAAGUAAGACAAGUUAAUGAGCAUCGCCAUUCCAUUACGUCACUGUCAAAUAACAGUAUACUUGUUGCAUGUUCUAAUUUAAGCUGUAACAAGUUAAUCCUAUCUUUAACAUCAGUUUUAAAAAAAAAGCGCCUUAACAUAUUUAGUUUCUUAGAUACAUGUUUACAACAAGGGUUAAGCAUGUGAUUUGUGUUUUAUGUUGAAUAUUAUUAAUGAUGACCUUUCAAAGUAAAUUAUAUUUUCCUUGAUUAAUUUUUAUUGUUGUCAGAUCCUUAAUAUGUUUAUUUGAGGUCAGUUUCAAGCUGUUAUUUAUGUCUUAUUUAAUGGUCAAAUGGCUGAAAACCUACUGGUCCAAUGCCACCUAACAUAGAAUGAAUUUCGUAUUGCCUUGAAUUUUAGUUGUAUGUAUUUCAUAGAAAAUUUUAAUUUUAAUAUACUUUCACUGUUUAUUGUCAAUAUAGAUCAGUAAUGUGUGAUAUGCAUCUUGAUUGGAAGUCAGUUUUUACAUUUGUAUGUACAUUAUAUUGUACAUAAUCGCUAUAUUUGAUUGCUAUUAUCGAAGGUUACAUUAUAAUGUGUAUUUAAAGACUAUGAAUGGUUGGUGAUUAUGAAGUAGAAUAUGUCUGAUAUGAAAAUGGCCUCUUUAUUACAUGUAUAUUGAAAUAUGUUUUUGUGACUUAGUUAACAUUUGGUGUUGUUGCUUUUUAAUGAUUUGCAAAUAUUGAUAAUGAUGAAAUAAUUGAAUGUUGAUGAAAAUGAUGGAUGGGAAAUCUGUCAUUUAGUUUGUUGCCUAUUUUGAGGGGAUUAAAGCGAAAAGUUUGUAAGUGACAUUCAAUACAGAAGCAAAUAGAAGGUUUUCGCUAUAUAAUCUCGCGGUUUGUAUGCUUUUAUAUUAUUCAUGUAAAUAUCUAUGUUUAUAACUAUGUAACAACUUAUGAAGAAUAGUGGUGUUAUUGUUGACCCUGGGCUGUACUCACAAACUGCUGGCUGAAUACAUCACUUUUGUAACUACCCAUGUUAAAAAGUAGGAGUUACUUGUUAUGGCGAUGAACUGUAGGUGGAAUAAACUUUAAAUCUCAUUUUAGUGUAUUUGAAUAGGAAGCUAGAAUUAUGAUUUUUUGCAUAGUCUGCCCAAAAAAACUGUGAAUGGGAACUAAUAGUAUGCUUGUUAAUAGAGAAACAAAUGCAAGUCUGCAGUACUUAUGUGAUAAUGUUAUCUUAAAAUUAUCUUAAUUUGCUGCUUUGGACAUAUAUGAUUUGUGUUUGUGACAAACAUAUGAACUUGGGCAUGGCGGACUGUAAUAUGUAUUUUGUGGGUUUGAUUUUUUUUGUAUUAAAUGAAGGCUGGCAGUGGAAAAGUUUUAUAUAAUGUUAAAUAAAGAUGCAUGUAAAUCUUUCUGCUUUGAACCUUCGUUAUGUAUAUACAAGUAUGUAUGUCUGUAUGAAGGACUAUGUACAUUUUGUAUAAGUGUUGAAUAAUCAGACUAAUUUCAUAACCAGUAUUCAAAAUCUAUCUUCUAAUCCGAAAUAAUAGAAAGGGAAUUUUCAUACUAAAUAUUGAUAGUGUCAUUAACAUUUAUUUCAACAAGCAUAUCCUUAUAAAUUUCAAAAUUAGCUUAACAUAUUGAAAGACGAAGAAUAAAUUUAAAAUAUGGAUCAUUUUUUGUACAUUCAUUUCACCAGUUUUAAGAUACAUGGUGUUAUUAUCAAACACCAUAAAAAUCAUAAAAGUCCAUGAAAAGGAUUAUUUGAUUAUAUUUCAUCGUCAUGCCAACGCCAGUAUGUAUUGUUUAUAUAUACUGUUUGUGAGUACAGCCUAGUAUACCUGUAUUGUUAUAUAUGUUAAAUUGAUACAUUAUAGCUUUAUAUUAAGUAUAUUUAGUAUGUUUGUAUAAAAUUGUGUUAUGUAAGGAUUUUAAUACAUACAGGUUCAUUUAAUUAGGAUGUAACCUGAAUAUGUAUUUAGGAUGUUACAGUUGUUAUCUGACAAUAUAUUCCGGAUAUUGCCUGAACAUGUGAAUUGGGUUCUACUGAUUAUAAAAUACAGCUUUUUGUAAUCAUGAUAACAAAUAACCUGUCAUUAUUAAAAUUAAAAAUAACAUCACAGCCAAAUAAAAUUUACAUGUUUGCUUAUUCUAGAUAAAUUAAAAUAUACAUAAACUUUGUAUUUAAUUUUUAUAUUAUUACAUGUCUUUUUCACCUUUAAUCCUCCUCCCAGUUUUCACUCUUAAUGUGUUUUGUAUAAUUGGAAUCAACUUAAAAAUAAAUUUAUUAGUAUAAGAGUAACGUCUUAAUAGCUUAAUGUCAUGAUCUUUCAUAAAAUGUUAUUCUUUUCAUUUUUUCUUUAAUAUUGUACAUUUACUUGCUAACUUGAUUAAUGGCCAUGUUGAAUAUUCAUGUUAUAUUCCCUGGUAUCGAUGAUUAAAUGUUUACUCCUUAAAGACUAAACAGUCCAAAGACACAUAUUAAAUGUAACUCAUUAUGUUAAUUAAUUACUGAGAAUAAUUUUCACUAGUUUGACAAUAAUGUUAUUUAAAUCCAUUUAUAUUUUUUUCGAGUAGUUUGCUGUUUAAAUAUUGUCGUCUGUAAUUUAAAUCCUAAUCAUUAUGGUAAUGAUUACCAAAGUCUGCCCUGGAGUGUGGCAUAAUGAUUGUGGCUAAAAUGGCAAAUUUCAUAAUAUCAGAAUGUUCUGUAGAUUUGUUUUGUUAAAUUUAAUUUUUGUACUUCAAUACAGGUCUUGGCUCAUUUAUAUCAGGAAAAUCUCACCUUAAGACAACUUUAAAAAAAUCAUUUUUAAUCAUUAUAAGGGAUGACCUUUAUUUUAAUCUUAACCUUAUGUUUUGACCAUACUGGUAGUCUAAAAACUCAAACUUUGUUACAAAGAGUAUCUUUAAUUUGUUUAACAUGAUUGAUAUAUGCAGGAUGUUUAGAUAAAUCUUUGAAACAAUGACUUAAAUAUUCUUGGAAUACACGAUCACUUUGCCCAUUCUUAAUCAUUAAGAAUUUACUUCAUGUCAUCUAACUCUUACUUCUUACAUUGCAUAUUUAUCUCUGCUAAACCAAUACCAACAUCUGUUUGGUAUGAAAUAUAGUUUAAUUUUCAGAAAACAUUGUAGUUCAUUUUUUAAAUGAAUCUUUUUUCGGCCAUAUACAUGUAGAUAAAGAUUUAUUUUUUUAAAUUUUAGAAAUAAUUAGAGGGAAGAAGAAAUGAUAAAAUCAGAGAAAUAUCGUGUUGGUAUGUUUAUGACCUGCAUAUUUAUGACUUGCAUAAUUUGAUAUCAUUUAUGUUCAGAAAUAAAAUGUUUAUUUUGUAUCCAAAUGAUUCAAGGAUGACAAUGAUUCCUAAAAUGUAUAUCAUUGUGAGAAUAUGAAUUAAUUACUUGAAUUAACAGAUGCAAUUUUGCUGUAUUUCAAGGAUAUGUCUCAUAUCUUAACAACAAACUAUUUAUCAAUUAACGACAGGUGCAAUUGAGUAUAGUAUUGAAAAAAAUGUCAUUUAGAAAUUAAUCGUAAUUAUUGUGAAAAUCUGAAAUAAUUAAUUGAAUUAAUCAGAUGCUAUUUUGCUUGUAUUUCAAACAAACAUGUAUAUCUCAAAUCAUUAUAGCAUACUUUUUAUUAUUAAAAAAACUGUUAUUGAAUGUAGUAUUUUAAUCCUAUUUUCACCUACUCUUGAUUGCUUGUUGUGUGUGUCAGUGCUAUUCACUGUUGUAGUUAAAUAAAAUUUGUAUGCGUGAAUAAAUCGGUUCUCUUCUAGA